AUGUCGGCUCCUGUAGCACGCGAGCUAGACGAAAUCCUGGAGUCAAUGUUGAGCCUCAAACCGCCUGGAGUCACCCAAAGUAAAAUCACUAAUCUCACAUCACUAUGUAAUGCGAACAUUCAAUCCGCAACUGUUCUCAUCCAGCGAAUAUACUCACACAUCAAAAAAGCUCCACCAUCCCAUAAACUUGGGGUACUUUAUGUUGUAGACUCUGUAACACGGGGCUGGGUAGAACAGGCGAAGAAGAAUGGACAGUCCCUUGGCCCAAGUGAACAAACAAAAGACGGAACGUAUGCUGCCGGCCACAAACUUGUCACGGAGAUGUUGCCCUCUUUCGUGAACGAAACUAUAAAUAGAGCCCCUGAAGAACAGAAGGGUAGAAUCAGCAAACUUGUCGAUAUCUGGGAUCGUUCUUCUACAUUUCCACAAGAUAUGUUGGCUGGCUUCAGAAACAAGUUAGCGGUCCCUACAACGAAUGCGUUGAACAGUACUACUCCAGAAGGAUCUCCACCAAAAGAUUACAUUCCACUGAAUGAUGCAUCUGGUAUGGCUCCUCAGGAGCAAAACACCUCGAAUAUUUUACAAGCUCUUGCAAGCAUGGCCAAGAGCAAUUCUAAUAUUGCAGGGCAACUUCACCAAGUAGGGCAAAGUAACAACUCGACCUCCUACGAUCAAAGUUCUCCUGCCUUGUUCACUAAUGCUCCCGCUCAUGCACAAGCUCAGAAUACCUUUGGCAUUCCAACCACAGGCAAUGCUUAUGCUGGAAUAGGUGGUGGUUUGACUUCGCUACCAGCACUACCACAAGCGCAGAGUGGGACAAUAAAUGUGCAUGGCAGCCCUGCCCCUGCGCCUCAAAGCAACCUCCCAUCACCGGAGCAGCUGCAGCAGCAAGUCCAGAUUAUUGGAAUGCUUCAAGCUCAAGGCAUUCCUCAAGAGCAAUGGGCUGCUGUUCUUUCAGCGCUUAUGGCUGCUGGGACGAAUAAUUCAGUGCAGGCGCCCCCAGGUCAACAAACAUACAGUCAAAGCCAGUACGGUUCUAUUGACAAUUCAACGCGUGAUCGAAACGGAGAUUUUGGUAUGCGCUCACCACCUGGACGAUAUAGACGUUCUCGGUCGCGUUCACCCAGAGGGUACGAGAAGCGCCGAGAUGACAGCCCUCGUCGCCGUCGCGACAGUCCAAGCUAUGGUCACGGAGAUGAGCGUCGUAGCGGAAACCCGUAUCGCCAGCGCAGUGAAAGCCCAAGAGGCCGAGAAAGGAGAUUACCACCUCCUGGGCCGAAAGUUAUCACUUGGGAUAAGAAUUUACCUCAUGAGCAUAUCAAAGUCUUGAGUCGGACACUUUUUGUGGGCGGAGUCACGUGUUCUGAGGAAACACUUCGGAAAAUAUUCCACCCUUAUGGUAUUGUUCAAACUUGCAUUGUCAAUGUUGACAAACGCCACGCUUUCGUCAAAAUGGUAUCGCGGAAGGAUGCCAUCUCAGCGAAGGAAGGGAUGGAACGCUAUAAAAGCCAAGAUAUGCAACUCAGGACGCGAUGGGGAGUUGGCUUCGGCCCACGAGAUUGCAGCGACUACUCGACGGGCGUCAGUAUCAUCCCAGUAUACAAGCUGACAGAUGCGGAUCAAAAAUGGAUGCUGACAGCCGAAUACGGUGGUACUGGUGGGGAGACUUUAGAGGGUGGUAUGGUAGUGGAAGAGCCAGACAUUGAAAUUGGAGCUGGCGUAUCAUCAAAAGGCAAAUAG